GAACGCAUGGUGGCGGUGUAGGAUAAGAGAAUGAGUAAGAACCCUUUAGCGUCCUCAGACUCCAGUUCACCUAGAAGCUGAAGCAAAAAUACGGAACCAUUUGCUGCUGCAGCUAAGCAUUCCGGAGAAGAGGAGUCACCAGGAACCUGUAAGAUCAAAUCCACAAUUCCACAACAAAGGUUUUCGGGAAGGCCAAAGUUACCUCAGUGAUGAAGAGCUGGAAGGGAUUUUUCCUCUGGAAUCAGACAACAGAGAUGUCUCACACAAAAGUGUGGUGCAAGACAAGGCAAGUGAUGGUUUUGAUUGUAUCGAUGCUUUUGUGGGAGGUGGGUUCAGAAUCAAUCCAGUAUGCUAUGCUGGAGGAGACAGAAAGUGGCACGUUUGUGGCCAACCUGACUAAGGACUUGGGACUAAGGGUGGGAGAACUGGCUGCUCGGGAUGCUAGAGUGGUUUUCAAGGGGAACAGACAGUAUUUGCAGCUUGACCCUCAGACCCAGGAUUUGGUGCUUAAUGAAAACCUGGACCGGGAGGAACUGUGUGGCUCCACAGAGCCUUGUGUGCUGUCUUUCCGGGUGUUACUAAAAAAUCCUUUGCAGUUUUAUCAAGCUGAACUGAGAGUUAUAGAUAUAAAUGACCACGCCCCAGAGUUUCCUGCCAGAGAAAUGCUCCUUAAAAUAUCAGAAAUAGCUCCGCCUGGAAAGAUAUUCCCUUUGAAAAUGGCACAGGACUUAGACACUGGCAGCCACAGCAUUCAGAGCUACACUGUCAGUGAUAACCCUCACUUCCACGUGCUCACUCGCAAUCGCAGCGACGGCAAGAAGUUCCCUGAGCUAGUGUUGGACAAGGCUUUGGACCGUGAGAAGCAAGACCAGCUCAGACUAAAGCUCACUGCGGUGGAUGGUGGGUCUCCGCCCAGGUCAGGGACCACAGAGAUUCAAAUAUUAGUCUUAGAUAUAAAUGACAAUGCGCCGGAAUUUGCUCAGGAGCUCUAUGAGGUCCAAGUUCCUGAGAACAACCCCAUUGGCUCAUUGCUUAUUAUAGUUUCAGCAAGAGAUUUAGAUACAGGACCCUUCGGGGAGGUGUCUUAUGGACUGUCUCAAGAUGAAGAUGUUAACGAGCCUUUUGAAAUAAACACAAAGACAGGAGAAAUUCGACUGAAAAGCAGAUUGGAUUUUGAAACAUUCCAGUUUUACCAUGUGGAUGUUGAGGCCCUAGAUGGUGGUGGGCUAACAGGAAAAUGCUCCUUAGUCAUCCAAGUAUUGGACGUGAAUGAUAAUGCUCCGGAAGUGAUCCUGUCCUCACUCAACAGCCCCAUCCCUGAAAAUUUGCCAGGUAUCAUAGUGGCAGUAUUCAGUGUUUCAGAUGCGGACUCAGGAAAUAACCAGCAAGUUAUGUGUUCCAUAGAUGACAAUCUUCCAUUUCUUCUAAGACCAUCUAUGGAAAAUUUCUAUACUCUGGAAACAGAUGGGGCACUAGACAGAGAGAGCAGAUCUGAAUACAACAUCACCAUCACAGUCACCGACAUGGGCACACCUAGGCUCACAACCCAGCACACCAUAACAGUGCAGGUGUCUGACAUCAACGACAAUGCCCCUUCCUUCACCCAAACCUCCUACACCUUGUUCGUCCACGAGAACAACAGCCCCGCUCUGCACAUAGGCACCAUCAGUGCCACAGACUCAGACUCGGGCUCCAAUGCCCACAUCACCUAUUCACUGCUGCUGCCUCAGGACACACAGCUGGCCCUUGCCUCGCUGGUCUCCAUCAACGCAGACAACGGGCAACUGUUUGCACUCAGGGCUCUGGACUAUGAGGCCCUGCAGGCCUUCACGUUCCACGUGGAUGCCACAGACCAAGGCUCUCCCGCGCUCAGCAGCCAAGUGCUGGUGCGCGUGGUGGUUCUAGACGACAAUGACAAUGCACCCUUCGUGCUCUACCCAAUGCAGAACGCCUCUGCUCCCUGCACAGAGCUGCUGCCCAGGGCGGCAGAGCCCGGAUACCUGGUCACCAAGGUGGUGGCUGUGGAUCACGACUCUGGCCAGAAUGCCUGGCUGUCAUUCCAGCUGCUCAAGGCCACGGAGCCUGGACUGUUUAGUGUGUGGGCGCACAAUGGCGAGGUGCGCACCACCAGGCUGCUGAGCGAGAGAGAUGUGCCCAAGCACAGGCUGCUGCUGCUGGUCAAGGACAAUGGCGAUCCCAUGCGCUCUGCCAGUGUCACUCUUCAUGUGCUGCUGGUGGAUGGCUUCUCUCAGCCCUACCUACCUCUCCCCGAGGUCGCGCAGGACUCCAUAGAGGAUGCUGAAAAUGCGCUCACACUAUACCUGGUUAUUGCCUUAGCAUCUGUAUCUUCGCUUUUCCUCUUGUCUGUGGUGCUGUUUGUGGGGGUGAGGCUGUGCAAGAAGUUCAGGACGGCCUCUCUGGGUGGCUACUCUGUGCCUGAGGGACACUUUCCUGGCCAUCUGGUGGAUGUCAGCGGCGCUGGGACUCUUUCCCAGAGCUACCAGUAUGAGGUGUGUCUGAGAGGAGACACUGGGACUGGUGAGUUCAAGUUGCGAAAGGCAAUUAACCCCCACUUUCCUUCUGUGACAUCUGAGAGGAACACAGAGGAAAGUCCUACUCUUCGGAAUAGCUUCCUAUUCAUCUAAAUACUUUAGUAAACUAGUAAAUUCUGUUUAAACUUAGAAAUGUCUUUUAACCUAUAUCUGCAUGCAUUGACAGAAGCUUAUGUUCUUACUUUUUAUAAUAG